CCCCUGGAGGGGUCCCCGGCGCGGCCGCUCAGCCCCACGCGGCUGCAGCCGCUGCUGCCGCCCGAGGCGCGGCGCGUCCCCGAGUUCCGGGAGGUGGCGAGGGUCCUGGCCGAGAUGCCGCGACCCCUGAAACGCCGGGGGUCCAUGGAGCAAAGCCCCGGGCCCGCCGCGCCCCCGAGCCGCACCCGUCAGUACCAGCAGCUCAUCACCCGCCUGCUGCACCGCGCCGCGCCUGUCGCGACAGCGGCGACAGCGGCGACAGCGGCGACAGCGCCGGGGGAUGGCGGCACCGAGGUCACCGCUCCGGUAGAAGGGCAGAGCCCCCCGACCCCCGGUGUCCCCAGGGUGUCCCUGGGGGUGACAGGGCGCUGUCCCCAGCUGAACGACCCGAGCCAGCCCAACGACGAGGGCAUCACGGCGCUGCACAACGCCAUCUGCGGCGCCAACUACGCCGUGGUGGAUUUCCUGAUCGCCAGCGGCGCCAACGUCAACUCCCCGGACAGCCACGGAUGGACCCCCCUGCACUGCGCGGCCUCGUGCAACGACACCGGGGUGUGCGUGGCCCUGGUUCGCCACGGCGCCGCCGUGUUCGCCACCACGGGCAGCGACGGCAGCAUGGCCGUGGACAAAUGUGACCCGUACCGCGAGGGCUACGCCGACUGCGCCAGCUACCUCACUGAGGUGGAGCAGGGCAUGGGGGUCCUGAACAGCGGGGUGGUGUACGCGCUGUGGGAUUACAGCGCCGAGUUCGGGGACGAGCUGUCGUUCCGCGAGGGGCAGCCGGUGACGGUGCUGCGGCGUCAGCCCCCUGACGAGCUCGAGUGGUGGUGGGGGUCCCUGUACGGCCACGAGGGCUACGUGCCCCGAAACUACUUUGGGCUCUUCCCGAGGGUGCGGCCGCAACGGAAGAAAAUCUGAGGAGGGGUCCUGGGGGAUUCCUUUGUUGUCCCCCCCACCACUCUGUGGUGUCCGUCCCUGCCCCUCCCCCCCCGGUGUCACAGGGGUGUCCCCCCACCCCUUUUUUUUGGGAACUUGGGGAAUAAAAAGACUUUGAAUGAUC